AUGGCAAACAUUCCUGGUGUCUCAGCUGAUGCGACAUCCUUAAACUCGUCGUACCCACAGUAUAAUUACGAAGCUCGAGUCGCUCUGGCUGCAUUCUGGAUUCUUUUUACGAUCGCAGGAUUCACGGGAAGCAGUCUCGUGAUCUGGUCGGUCGUCUUGUCCAAGAAGCUACGUACCGUGACCAAUGCCUUCGUGGUCAACCUCAGCGUUGCCGAUUUCUGGACGUCCCUGUCCUACCCGUGGUUGGCUGUGGCAGGACUAAGUACCACUAGCUGGCCUCUGACCUCUGAGAUUCCCUGUCGAAUUGCAGCUGUCCAGUUCGACACCGGGUUCGGUGCAAGCCUGUAUAUCCUAGCAGCCAUAGCGGUAAAUCGUAUGGUGAUGAUUACCCAGCCCAUCGAUAUCUACAGGUGGCUUUACACUCCCCGUAAAGUUGCUGUUAUGAUCGCAGCUACCUGGAUCCUACCCUGGAUGGUCGUUGGUAUUCCGCCGCUAUGUCAAGCCGGUCAGCUUGGAUUCGACAUAACAACACGCUCCUGUUCAAUCAUAGAAUCAGAUGAAAACAGUGCUAGUUACAAACUAACCCAGACCCUUGGCAUGUACCCAAUACCAAUGAUAAUCAUCAUCAGUUCCUACACGGCCUUGUACGUCAACAUCAGACGUCACUUCAAGCAGCAAAGGAGACGGCACGUUAUAACUAAAACCCCUACUGUUGAGAUGGACCUGAGUGAUUACUGCAAGACUGACCCAAGUAGGCAGUCGUUAGGUCCAACCAUCAGUUCCAUGUCCAAAAGCAACAUUCAGGCCAUCAAACGUCAACAGUUGGCAAUCACCAAGAACCUGUUCCUGAUAUGCCUAACAUUUACUUUACUCGUCUCGCCUUACUUCUUAUCCCUUGCUGCUCCGCAUAGUUCAGGCUUUACUCCUUUCGCUGCUGCCAUCGCUACGAUUAACAGCUGCGUCAGUCCCAUCAUCUACACGUGUAAUCACCCUGAUUUCAAAGUUAUUUUCCCCAAGAUGCUCAAGUGCCGCUAUUCGGAAAUACCCGAACCUUCGGACUUUCUGAAAUAUUUUCUCUCGCGACGAAAACCUGGCAACUGA